AUGUCCGCCAACAGUAUCAAAUUACUUGCAGGAAACUCGCAUCCUGAUCUUGCGGAGAAAAUCUCGAAGGUUUUGGGAGUUUCUCUGUCAAAAGUCGGAGUUUAUCAGUAUUCGAACAAAGAAACUUCGGUGACCAUUGGCGAAAGUAUUCGUGAUGAAGACGUUUACAUUAUUCAAACGGGUACGGGACAGCAAGAAAUCAACGAUUUUUUGAUGGAAUUAUUGAUUAUGAUUCAUGCCUGUCGUACUGCGUCUGCCAGGAGAAUCACUGCUGUUAUUCCAAAUUUCCCAUACGCGAGACAGGACAAAAAAGACAAAAGCCGGGCACCCAUCACCGCGAAACUGAUUGCCAAUCUUUUGGAAACGGCUGGAUGUGACCAUGUUAUUACCAUGGACUUGCAUGCUUCUCAAAUUCAAGGUUUCUUCCACAUUCCAGUGGACAAUCUUUACGCUGAGCCAAGUGUCCUCAAUUACAUCAAGACCCACACAGACGUCCACAACGCGAUUCUUGUGUCUCCAGAUGCCGGUGGAGCGAAAAGAGUCGCCUCAAUCGCGGACAAACUUGACCUGAAUUUCGCUUUAAUUCACAAAGAGAGACAGAAGGCCAACGAAGUUUCUCGAAUGGUUCUUGUGGGUGACGUGAGAGGCAAGUCCUGUUUGCUGGUCGAUGACAUGGCAGACACCUGCGGAACGUUGGCUAAGGCUUCCGAGGUUCUUGUUGACAAUGGUGCUAAAGAGGUUAUUGCGGUAGUCACACACGGGAUCUUUUCAGGCUCGGCCAAAGAAAAAUUACGCGCUAGCAAACUGUCCAGAAUAGUGUGCACUAAUACCGUUCCCGUGGAUUUGGAUCUUCACAUUUUGGAUCAAAUUGACAUCAGCCCAACUCUGGCCGAAGCCAUCAGGAGAUUGCAUAAUGGUGAAAGUGUCUCUUACUUGUUUACUCAUGCCCCUGUGUAA